UUUUCUUCAAUGUCUCAUGAGUUGCCUCUCUGUGUGUGUGUGAGAUUCCAUUUAUUUUCUCUCCCUUUCUCACAAACUCCAAAUUUGUUGUUGCCCAUGCCUGAUUUUGAAAAGAAACAACAAACAACGAAAAUCUCUUCGGCUUAACUCGAAAUUCAGGAGCCCAUUCUGAGCCUCGUAUUAACAAACCACGGGGUCGGGGUGGUUAACUGAUUCCUUGAUGACAGUGCGUGCAUCUUGGCAAUUUGGCAAUGUAUUCGUCAUGAAAUAGUCGUCAGCGUCAGAUAUGACACAUGACGACGACAGCGGCCAGCUCCGGCUCCGGGUCCGGCCGUGAUUGAUUUCGUGUAGCUUCCCAACUUUUGACUAUAAUAGUGCAAUCAUCUACGCUUGUUGUAGCUUUCCAACUUUUGGCUACAAUAGGCUCCGGCUCCGGCCAUGAUCGAGCGUGUGCUGUUAACCGUUCCAUUCAAUCUUGCUCCUCAUAUACGUAGUUUAUUUGUCUCACAUGAGAUGAGAUUCUUUACUCCACUCCACUUGACACAGGCACGCCCAACUUGGCUGCCAAGCCAGUGCCUCUGUUUCCUCUUGGUUUCCUUCCUGAAUUUGACCCCGAGUGGCGCGCCUAUACAGCAGUCAUAAGGUUGACUUGUAGGAGUAGUAUAUUCUUUCACAGACAUGAUAAGUACACCCUCACCUCACCUACCUUGUUCAGAACCAGAGCGUGAGAUUUCAAGUAUGUUGCCAGCCAUUGAGGAGCCCCUUGUUGGGGGCAGCAGCAGCACCGAGGAGAGCUUGGUGGUGACCGAGGUUAAGAAGCAGCUGUACCUCGCCGGGCCCCUCAUCGCCGGAUGCCUGCUGCAGAACGUCGUGCAGAUGAUAUCGGUCAUGUUUGUCGGCCAUCUCGGCGAGCUCGCUCUCUCGAGUGCCUCCAUCGCCACCUCCUUUGCCGGUGUUACCGGCUUCAGCUUGUUGUCUGGCAUGGCGAGCAGCUUGGACACACUGUGUGGGCAAGCCUUUGGAGCAAAACGGUACCAUCUGCUCGGCAUCUACAAGCAGAGGGCCAUCCUUGUGCUCACUCUGGUGAGCGUUGUGGUUGCGGUGCUCUGGGCGUACACCGGGCAGAUCCUCCUGCUCUUCGGCCAGGACCCGGAUAUUGCCAUGGGGGCAGGGAGCUACAUCCGGUGGAUGAUUCCAGCUCUGUUCGCUUACGGACUGCUGCAGUGCCACGUCCGGUUCCUCCAGACACAGAACAUCGUCCUUCCGGUGAUGGCGAGCGCAGGCGUCACGGCACUAAGCCACGUGCUUGUGUGCUGGUUGCUGGUUUACAGGCUUGGACUGGGCAACAAGGGUGCUGCCCUGGCCAAUGGCAUCUCCUACCUGGCCAAUGUCUCUAUCUUGGCUCUCUACAUCAGGGUCUCUCCAUCCUGCAGGAGCACCUGGACAGGCCUCUCAAAGGAGGCAUUUCGCGACAUCCUUAGCUUCAUGAAGCUUGCCGUGCCAUCUGCGCUCAUGGUUUGCCUAGAGUGGUGGUCGUUUGAGCUGCUGGUACUUCUCUCUGGACUUCUCCAUAAUCCUAAGCUCGAAGCAUCGGUGUUGUCCAUUUGCCUAAAUACAAGUUCAUUGGCAUUCAUGAUCUCCUUGGGGCUUGGGGCAGCCAUAAGCACCCGUGUUUCAAACGAGCUUGGUGCUGGGCGACCUGAAGCUGCCCGCUUGGCUACUCGUGUGAUCAUGGUUCUGGGUCUCACGGCGGGUCUAUCAUUAGGACUUAUUAUGAUUUCGGUACGCAAUUUAUGGGGGUAUGCAUACAGCAACGAGAAGGAAGUGGUGGAAUACAUUGCAAGAAUGAUGCCGCUUCUUUCCGUGUCAAUCAUCUUCGACAAUCUGCAAUGUGUCCUUUCAGGUAUUGUUAGGGGCUGUGGCUUGCAAAAGGUUGGUGCUUGUGUCAAUCUCAGCGCAUAUUACCUUGUCGGCAUUCCAGCGGCGCUAUGCUUUGCCUUUGUCUACCAUCUUGGCGGAAUGGGGCUGUGGUUCGGAAUAAUCUGUGGGAUAGUGGUACAGAUGCUGCUGCUGCUGGGCAUCACCAUGCGCACCAACUGGGAUAAAGAGGCUCUCAAGGCAAAGGGCAGAGUUUUCAGUUCGUCCCGGCCUCUAGACAUGACGACAUGAACAUGGAACAUGAAGCAUACAUGCUCUUGGCCAGGAGUAGGAGCAGGACGCUAACUGGGCAAAGGAGAUAGGGAACUCGUUAAGAAUUUACAAUUGGUCACGGCUUCGUCUCCAUGUCACCAGAAUGGCGCACAAAAUGAUCUGUUUUGGUGGUUUUUGUCGAAGGCGUGAGAUGGGAUGAAUGUUUCCACAGGCAAAGGCAUGGCAGUCACUUGAUACGGUAUAAGGGAAUAAAUCAAUAAAGUAAAAAUGUAGUGUUUACCAGAAAGUCCGCGAGAUAAAUGCACCAUUCGUCAAUGAACUCUCGCGGGAUGAGAACAUUGGUCACACAUAUCCACAAAUAUGUAAAAAUGGUCACUUUGGUUUGUUUCAUCAGUCAAUGGGUCAGUUCCCCGUUUCCA